AUGGCUCCAUCAGCCCCCGGGACAGCCAGCAACUCGCCGGCGAAGAAAACCUCAGCUCCCGAGAAGAAAUACAAGUGCCAAUUUUGCAAUCGCGCGUUUAGCCGAAGUGAACACCGCAGCAGACAUGAACGAUCUCACACAAAAGAACGCCCUUUCAAAUGCUUAAAAUGUCGCAGUACUUUUGUUCGUCGCGAUCUUCUGUUGCGCCAUGAUCGAACUGUACACGCCAAGGAUGGUGGUAUUCCCCUCGUCGCAGAGGGCCGCAGACGCGGUGGAGGUGUGCAAAAGUCUACAACUUCUGCCCCUUCUAAGCCCUCGAUCACUAUUGAUCCAGCCACCCUGGAACAUAUCGAGGCAAGCAGUGAUGGUAUGGUCGACCUUGAAACUGCAGCCAUGUUGAUGACAGACUUCCAACAUAAGGCUGCAGCUGCGGCAACUGGACAGGUUUCCGAGCGAUCCGAAUCGUUAUCCCCUGCACACGGUUCUUUCGAGCCUUACCUUUCUGGCAACGCGACCCUUCCACAGAUGCCCUGGGAUACUCUCGCCUCCGACGCCGGUUCGAUGCCCACCCUCGACCGCCAAGGCCCCCUCGGAGAUGUGCUCAUGUCCAACUCCCUCCCCAUGUCUGGGCACUCGACCCCGAACGCGUUGUCCCCCUACCCCUCCAUGACCGGCCCCGUUAGCCCCGUAACUUACCGCCGCUCGCCAGGUCCCAGCCAAGCGUUAACCUUGCCCAAGGCCCCUCAAAUUGCUGAUGAUAUGGAGCGCAACUUAGUAGUGGAGCGUGUUCAGGGAGCGGAUAGUAUGGGUGGACUGCCUGAGAAUUUCCAGCUUCCAGGUACUGCGACUCUUAACAGGUAUCUCUCUACAUACUUCAACUUGUACCACCCUCAUCUGCCCUUCCUGCAUCAGCAAUCAUUUAACCCUGCGGCCGUAUCUGCGCCUUUGCUCCUCGCGGUCCUGUCGAUUGGAGCUCUUUACACAUUUGAGCGUGAGCAUGCGUUCAUGCUUCACGUUGGUUCCAAGGUCUUGGUCAACCAGUUCCUUCAACACAAGGACAACUUUGACUCGCGCAAGUGUCCUCUUUGGUUGAUGCAGGGCACUUUACUUAACAUGGUCUUUGAGAGCUGGAGCGGUGACCCGAAGGGCCUUGAAUGGACUUGCUCCAUCAAGAGUCUUCUGGCCAACAUGGUCGCUGGUAACCGUUAUCAACUCAAGGUCCGCACCGAGGCUCGCCAGGGAUCGCGCGUCUCGCGUGAGGAAUGGAUUGAAGAUGAGUCUUGUCGCCGUACUUAUUUUGCUGUGUACAUUUUCUUUGGCAUGUUGACUCUCACCUUCAAUCAUACUCCAGCGAUGAGUUUUGAUGAGUUUGACAACCUAGAGUUGCCAUCUUCGGAGUCCCUUUGGAACUUGGACGCAUCAGAUGAGGAAAGUUGGCGUCGCACUACAUCAACCAGCACUCUGACUGUUCGUGAGGCACACGACUUCCUUUUCCAGGGCGAGCAGACCCGCUACAGCGCCUUCGCUACCCGCGUCCUCAUCAACGCUCUGUUCUUGCAAGUCUGGAACCAUAAGCGCAGCUUUGAGGCUCUCCAAGAUGUUGUUACCGAAUACAAGCUUCGCCUUGCUCUUGAGACCUGGGAGGGCUCUCUGGAUGUGUGCGAGUCUGAGACUAUCGUUGUCCCACUCAGCACCCCUCAGAAGGGUCAUCCCCUGAUCUUCAACUCGAUGGCUGUCUACCGCAACACUCGUGCCCGCCUGGAAGUUGACCUGAAGUCCAUCCAGGAGGCCAUGCGAUACCACUCAUCUUAUGAAGUGGCUGCUGCCAUGACUGUCGCCCGUGAGAAGGUUAAGCGUUCUCAGGAGAUGAACAAGGUUGUUCAGCAAUGCUUCGAGUGUAUCGAGAUUGCUGCCAUCCAAGGCAUCAACUGGGUUGCCAAGACAUCUGCCACCAACUGGAGCGUUGAGCACCCCCUUUGCGGUCUGGAUCUGAUGGUCAUCCUGAGUCUCUGGCUCUACCGCCUGGAACAUGACGAAGAGCCGGCGACUGAGGCUGAAUUAGCCAUCUACAACAAGGUCCGGAACUUGUUCGAUGACGAUGCCAUCGACGCUUUUGGGAAACUCAGCUCUACCGUGGCCCGUGUAUGGGGUAAUAUCCUGGACGGUGUGGUUGUCUGGGGAAUCACCAAGCUUAUGGGCGAGUCAUUCAAGCUUCAUUCUCAAGCCCUUGUCGGUUAUGAAGAUUCUUUGCGUGUCUCAAAGGACCAACCGAUUCACGCAGUCCCUACUAAGUCGCUUGCCAGCAUCGGGACUGCCUAUUAA